UUCGUACCAAUGGUUGUGUUAAACGAACGAGUUGGUCAUUACGAAGUGGAGUACAACUUAUUUGACGAAACACAACACGUCGAUGAGUUCAUUCCCUGCAAAGAUAACAGUGAUGAUGAACGUUCCGUUCACAAUGCUUCUGGAUUCGUCUAA